UCCACCUCACAUUGUCCCUUCCUCUCUCUCAAAACCAUCCAUUCAACAGCUUGUUCACCAUUCAACAGCUUGUUAAUACUUGCAGAGGCCAAAACGACUGAAACUAGAGAGAGAGGGGAAGGGUGAGGUGAGAUUUUGGCAGAACAAUGGCUUCAACCUCUGCAGUUUCGAUGGCUAUGCCGUUAGCCUUUGCCGGGCAAAAGAAGAUGCCGAACUCCGACAGCUUCUUCAAGCCAUUGCCUGUGAGAUCGACAAAGCCAAUCCCGGGGUCGAAGAGCAGCGGGAAAUUCGAAGUCAGGGCUUCGCUGAAGGAGAAGGCCAUCACGGGAUUGACCGCAGCCGCGCUCACGGCCUCGAUGGUGGUCCCGGAAGUGGCCGAGGCAGCCGGGUCCGGGCUCUCUCCCUCCCUCAAGAACUUCUUGCUCAGCAUCGUGGCCGGUGGGGUUGUGCUCGGCGCCAUCAUCGGUGCCGUGAUUGGCGUCUCCAACUUCGACCCCGUUAAGAGAAGCUGAGAGGAGAAAGAGAGAGGGGGAGAUUCUUUUACUCAUGUGAUUUCUCUGUCGUGUUGAUGCUUUCUGUACUGAUCUCUGUACUGUAUUUGUAAUCUGUCACUUCUUUUAGCUGUAACAUUGCCCUCGGAAAGCUGAUGAAAUGUGAAAUUUGUGAGUUCCAUUUUGGCACA